CCCUUACUUUGACUUGAGCUUGGUCACUCUUGCUGUGUCUUGUGGCUUAACUAUGUCUGGUCGCGGGAAGCAAGGCGGCAAGGCUCGCGCAAAAGCGAAGUCUCGCUCUUCUCGUGCGGGUCUGCAGUUCCCCGUGGGCCGCGUGCACCGGCUGCUGCGCAAGGGCAACUACGCCGAGCGCGUCGGCGCGGGCGCUCCCGUGUACCUGGCGGCCGUGCUCGAGUACCUGACGGCUGAGAUCCUGGAGCUGGCGGGCAACGCGGCGCGCGACAACAAGAAGACGCGCAUCAUCCCGCGCCACCUGCAGCUGGCCAUCCGCAACGACGAGGAGCUCAACAAGCUGCUGGGCCGCGUGACCAUCGCGCAGGGCGGCGUGCUGCCCAACAUCCAGGCCGUGCUGCUGCCCAAGAAGACCGAGAGCCACCACAAGGCCAAGGGAAAGUAAUU